ACUCCCGGAUGAGCGAGGACGCCGCUGUUUUUGGACUAGCACAGCAGGACCAAUGCCUCUAGGCGAGACCAACAGUGUCGAGAAUCCUGAAGCUUCCAUCAGAGGAACGCCUGAUGACGUGGCUCACACGCUGCCACCCUUCCUACCCAAUCCUCACCAAUUUAGGACAGAUGGCACGCUGGAUGGCAAAAAGACAGGAGCCGCCCUGCUGUUCUCUGGACUGUUCCUGUCCCUGGCGGGUGUCACCUUCACCGCCAUGGGCUGGCAGCACUUCCAGCACAGUCCCAACUUUGAGUGGACCCUGUUGUUGGGUCCUAUCCUCAUUUCUGUUGGAGGCAUUUUUGUGCUGAGCAGUGUUUGCAAGUUUGGUAUUUUCUCCUGCAGCUUCUGUAGACAGUGGGAGGAAGAAGUAGUUGUAAUUCCCGUGAUGGAGCAAACCUCAGCGGGACAUUCUUUUACGGUUAGUAGCAUCAGUCAGCCGAUCAUCCCAACCACAGCCGUGCUGCUUAUGCCGCCGCCGUAUAACUUUGUAGUCCAGGAAGUGGGCUCGGCCAGUGAGCCUCAGUCUGGCCUUCCGCCGCAGUACGACACCGUGUGCUAUGUGGAAAACACUGCUUCCACAGCAGAAGUCAGUUCGGAACCGGAACGCACAAGCCACAGGUAG